UCCCCGGCACGCUGCCGAGUGUGCGGAUGUCAUUGGGAAUCCUGCUGACAGGCUGAGUGGACUCGGGCGGGACCGGUGCCUGUAGGUCUCUGAGGAGAGUCGCCUGAGACUGCGGCCGUCUGUCCGGGAGGUGGUCGGUCAUUCAUCCGUCGAGUGCGGCAGAGGAGUGAGGGCCCCUUGGGGGUCCUAGGAUCCAGAGCCCAGGAAAGCGGGGUACCAGCCUGCAGUAACACCUUGGGCUGUCGCCGGCCUUUUCAGAACAGGGGCCAUUCUGCUGCUCUCGCACGGUGGCUUAGGUGACCGCUGCCAUGGCGUUUCCCCAUCGGCUGGACGCCCCUGAGCUUCCCGACUUCUCUAUGCUCAAGAGGCUGGCUCGGGACCAGCUCAUCUAUCUGCUAGAACAGCUUCCUGGAAAAAAGGAUUUGUUCAUUGAGGCAGAUCUCAUGAGCCCUUUGGAUCGAAUUGCUAACGUCUCUAUCCUGAAGCAACAUGAAGUGGACAAGCUGUACAAGGUGGAGAACAAGCCUGCUCUCAGUGCCAAUGAACAACUGUGCUUCUUGGUCCGACCUCGAAUCAAGAAUAUGCGCUACAUUGCCAAUCUUGUCAAUGCUGACAAGCUGGCCGGCCGAAUCAGAAAAUACAAAAUCAUCUUAAGUCCUCAGAAGUUUUAUGCAUGUGAGAUGGUGCUUGAGGAAGAGGGAGUCUAUGGAGAUGUGAGCUGUGAUGAGUGGGCCUUUUCUCUGCUGCCUCUUGAUGUCGAUCUGCUGAGCAUGGAACUGCCAGAAUUUUUCAGGGAUUACUUCCUGGUAAUUCAGGGCCCUUGAGUCUUAGUAUCAGGAGAUAAAUAUUGGGUCCAGUGGACUAGAAGUAUUGACACUUUUUUCCAGCUCAUAUAAUUUAUCAUGAAUUGUCUUGGGCUCCGGUAGAUGUCAUAUGACCUGUGGAGGAAACUGGAAGAGGAAGAAGACAGUGAAACCAAAGGUCGGAGACCGGAGAUUGGACACAUAUUUCUCCUGGACAGAGAUGUGGACUUUGUGACAGCACUUUGCUCCCAAGUGGUUUACGAGGGCUUGGUAGAUGACACCUUCCGAAUCAAGUGUGGGAGCGUUGAUUUUGGCCCAGAAGUCACAUCCUCUGACAAGAGCCUGAAGGUGCUACUCAACGCUGAGGACAAGGUGUUCAAUGAGAUCCGCAACGAGCACUUCUCCAAUGUCUUUGGCUUCUUGAGCCAGAAGGCCCGGAACUUGCAGGCCCAAUAUGAUCGCCGGAGAGGCAUGGACAUAAAGCAGAUGAAGAACUUCGUGUCUCAAGAGCUCAAGGGACUGAAACAGGAGCACCGCCUUCUGAGUCUCCAUAUUGGGGCUUGUGAAUCAAUCAUGAAGAAGAAAACAAAGCAGGACUUCCAGGAGCUAAUUAAGACUGAGCAUGCUCUGCUGGAGGGCUUCAACAUCCGAGAGAGCACUAGCUACAUUGAGGAGCACAUAGACCGGCAGGUGUCGCCCAUAGAGAGCCUACGCCUCAUGUGCCUUUUGUCCAUCACUGAGAAUGGUUUGAUACCCAAGGAUUAUCGGUCCCUGAAAACACAGUAUCUGCAGAGCUAUGGCCCUGAGCACCUGCUAACCUUCUCCAACCUGCGGAGAGCCGGGCUUCUAACAGAGCAGGCUCCUGGGGACACCCUCACAGCAGUAGAGAAUAAAGUGAGCAAGCUGGUGACGGACAAGGCUGCAGGAAAAAUCACUGACGCCUUCAGUUCUCUGGCCAAGAGGAGCAAUUUUCGUGCCAUCAGCAAAAAGCUGAAUUUGAUCCCACGUGUAGAUGGGGAGUAUGACCUGAAAGUGCCCCGAGAUAUGGCCUAUGUCUUCAGUGGUGCCUAUGUGCCUCUGAGCUGCCGAAUCAUUGAGCAGGUGCUGGACCGGCGGAGUUGGCAGGGCCUCGAUGAAGUGGUACGGCUGCUAAACUGCAGUGAGUUUGCAUUUACAGACACGGCUAAGGAAGACAAGGCUUCCAGUGAGUCACUGCGCCUCAUCUUGGUAGUGUUCUUGGGGGGCUGCACCUUCUCAGAGAUAGCAGCCCUGCGCUUCCUGGGUAGAGAGAAAGGGUACAGAUUUAUUUUUCUGACAACUGCUGUUACAAACAGUGCCCGCCUCAUGGAAGCCAUGAGUGAGGUGAGAUCCUGAUGUUUUCCUGGUCAAUGCUGAAGUAAUUCCGGAUUGAGAUGCUGGUGUUUGGCACCUACCUUCUACGAUUCCUGUCUCACACACAUACACACACACACACACACACACACACACACACAC